ACAGAAAGGAAGUCCAUGCCCCCUAAAGCUACCCAGCAGCAUCCUUCCCUAAAGCCAAAUCUGAAAGCAACAGCCCAGAAAGCCACUCUUUUUUAACAGCCACCCUGUUUUCCCAGCUGUUUUUGGAAGUCGUUUUUGCAAAGGAUUUUCUGAGGUACUGCCAUGGCAGAUGGAUUUGAGACUGCAGAUACAGAAGAGACGUUAACCUGUCUCCAUAUCACUGUCUUCCAUCCAGAACAAGAGAAAAAACAAGUAUUCCAGGCCUUACCAUUUUACAAGCGACAGCAGCUGAAAGUGGAUGAGUUGAUUAAGUUUGGAAGAAACUGUAACAUCUGUCGUUUUAACUUUGAGGAUGCACAGGUUUCACGUAUUCAGUUUGCCCUGGAACUUUUUAGACCCUUCGGCAGCUCUGAAUUUGUUUUUGAGAUUAAGAAUUUGAGCAAAAGAGUCAAGCUAUUUGUUAACAAUGUUGAACUGGCCUACUUCAACAAGUUUAUCCUACCAGAGAGAUGCUUGGUUCACUUUGGAGAUUACCAGCUGCUAAUGCAAAAACAAGAUGGACAAUCAGAGAAUUAUUUUGAGAUCAGCUUUGACAUGUCCAAAACAUCACUGUGGCAAGAAACACUGUCUUUGUGGACACCUAUACCUGAAAGUAGCAUUCCAUAUACUACAUCUGCAGUGGAGAUAGAUGAAAAUGAAUACAUGGGAAAGAGUCAAUGAGAAAUAGAGGGCCAUCAUGGUUUGGUUAUUGGACUGUGACUCUGGAGACAAGGGUUUGAAUCCCUAGUCAGCUAUGGAAACCCACUGGGUGACCUUGGGCAAGUCAUAGUCUCGCAGUCUCCAAAAAAGACAAAGACAACCCUUUAAAGAAAUCCUGGCAAGAAAACACUGUGGAGGGUUUGCCAUAGGUUUGGCAUAAGUCAGAAACAACUUAUGUGAAAGUACAUAACACUGAGAAAUGGAUUAAUUUGGCCCAAUGUUUCAUAACAACUGUGUUAUCAUCUAGUUUUGUAUAACAGCACAUUAAACUGCACUAUUAAUGUUAGUGUUACCUUUUCUGUUCCUACCACCUUACAGACCUUUUGGCAUUAUUCUUUGAAGAAUUCCCUGUUUCCACUUAGUAAGUAUUGUGACUGGAUCAUCACAGCUAGAAGCAACAGUAACAGGUAGACAUUCCAUUGUACUUCUGUACAGCUCCAUCUGAAAGCUCAUGGCUCUGCAGCUACCACCUGCCACUCCUGAGGCCAUCAGAGGGAGAGCUCCCUGAUUUACAUACUUAAAACUGCCAAUCCCAGCAUGCAACAGGAGGCAGCUAGAGGAGUCACACUGGAAUAG